CUUAUACUUAUUACUUACACAUCAGCUUGGCCGACUUCGUCGCCUUCAAUAUGGCUGACCACGGCAGUAAUAUAGACUUUUGCACCCUGGGCAUGUUCAUCAUCGAUGAGAUUGAAUUCCCCCCACCAAAACCCCCGGUCAAGGACAUUGUCGGAGGAGCAGGAACAUACUCCGCACUAGGCGCACGCAUCUUCUCUCCCCCGCCCCAGUCACGAAGCGUGGGCUGGAUUGUAGAUUGCGGAUCAGACUUUCCUCACCAACUACGCGACUAUAUUGCGCAGUGGGACACUGGGGUGCUAAUGCGGGAAACGCCUGACCGGCUAACUACACGUGGAUGGAAUGGCUAUGUGGGUGGUAACGAGCACCGAGCUUUCCGAUACCUGACACCCAAGCUGCGUCUAGACCAUCAGGCGCUCCAAGGUACAUCAUUACUCUGGUCCAAGUCUUUCCACUUGAUCUGUUCACCCUUACGCUGCAUUGACCUGGUGGAAAACAUCCUCGCAUUACGCAAGCAACAAGACAAGUCGGCUGAGGCGGGUCGGCCAAUCUUCAUCUGGGAGCCUGUGCCUGAUCUAUGUAUAACCGACGAGUUCGAUAACUGUCUAAAAGCACUCAAGUACAUCGACAUCAUUAGCCCUAAUCAUGGUGAGCUUGGCGGCUUCUUUGGCAAAAACACAGAUGGCCUAGAUCAAGUCGACUACCGAGCAAUUGAAGAGUUGACUAGCCAGUGGUUGGAUAGUGGCAUUGGGCCAGACGGAAAAGGAGCGACUGUGGUGCGAUGUGGAAAAGACGGCUGCUUGGUGGCACGCAAAGGGCAAGGCAAAUGGAUGCCGGCAUACCACCAGUCGGCGGACAAGGUCGCUGACCCCACGGGCGGAGGCAACAGCUUCCUAGGUGGCCUUGCGGUUGGCGUGCUGCGCAGCGGAUCUAGUUCAGUCAUGGAGAAUGUGGAGAAUGGUGCAGUGUGGGGGUCAAUAUCAGCCAGCUUUGCCAUUGAACAAGUCGGCAUGCCUGUGCUCUCUCACUCGGCCCAGGGGGAGACGUGGAACGGGGUUUGUGUCGAAGAUAGGCUUUCAGAUUUCAAGCAGCGGUUGGCUAGUUAUGUACAGCCAUAGCCUUUGUUGCUGCAACGCCCCCAUUUCUCCCAAUUCCUGAUCCGCCCGCUAAUUUCCAAACGUCUUCUCGAUCAAGCUCUGGUCCUGUUUCCGCUCGUGCUCUCUGAUCUGCUUGCUCCAGUAUCGGCUGGGGAAGAACCUGUGGCGUUCGGGCAUCUUGUCGCGGUAUUCACGGUUUGCGCUGAGCAUCCAAGCCAUGCCGACAAUGCUGCCAAGUGCGAGGCCUACAACGGCCGUGUUGGCUUUCCAGUUUGCGGGUUGGGCGUACCAGCCACCAGCCGGCGACCAGACGUGCUUAGGGUAUCUGCUCAAUGCUUAGCGUCGGGGCAGCAUUCAAUGGCGCCGUCUGAUAUCGUACGGGAUCUUUCCUCCGCCGCCCAUUGUGGUUGUGGAUGUGCGGGACU